AUGUUAAUAUCAAUUCACUACGAAAUAAAGACAAAAUUAAAUGAAUCAUUUCCUACUAAUCAGUUUUUGAUUCAAGGCUAUAAUGCAUACCGUUUUGACAGAAAUGGCAAUGGGGGAGGAAUGAUUCUAUGUGUACGAAAUGAUAUUCCCUCAAAACUUUUAAAACCCAAAUGUGAAAGUAUUGUGUGUUUAUAUAACCCAAAAACUAAUCUUAUUGCUCAAAACUUAAACCACAUAAGUAAAAACAUUGAUUCGUUUUCCUGCAAAUAUGAGAACUAUGUAAUACUGGGUGAUUUUAACGCUGAAAUUAGCAAUCUACAUGUAAAUGAAUUUUUAACAACAUAUAAACUUAACUCUUUAAUAAAAGAGCCUACAUGCUUCAAAAGCAUAGAUAACCCUACAAACAUAGAUCUCAUCUUAACAAACCACCCAAGAUCUUUUUGUCACUCCAGGGCUAUUGAAACAGGCUUGUCUGAUUUUCAUAAAUUGACAAUGACUGUUUUAAAAGCCAACUUUGCUAAACGAAAACCAAAAAUUAAAAAUUAUAGAGCAUAUCGGAAUUUCAAUAAUGUAAAUUUCCGCCAUGAUAUAAUGGGUGCUCUAAAUGAUGACAAAAAUCUCGAUGAUUUUAAAAUGUUUGAAAAUUUCAAAAACAGUGUUUUAAGCAUCUUAGAUAAUGCUCCUCGAAAGAAAAGGUAUGUACGUCAUAAUCAGGCAGCUUUUAUGAGUAAAGAAAUAAACAAGGCAAUUAUGAAGAGAUCAAAACCUUUAAAUAAGCAUAGGAAGGAUAAAACUCCAGAGAUUGAAAAUGGGACUACAAUAUCUCAUGAUAAAGAUAUUACUGAAAUAUUCAACAAUUAUUUUGGCAGUGUUGUUGAAAAUUUAGGCAUAAAGUCAUCAAAUAUACAACCUUCAAAUGUUGAAAAAUACAUUCGAAAACUUGAUCCAAAAAAGGCGCAGCAAAAAGAUGAUAUUCCUACUAACAUCAUCAAAGAAAACAGUGAUAUUUUUAGCCAAUUCAUUACUGAAAAUUUUAAUCAAUCGUUAAAAAGUUCUGAAUUUGCAACAUCUUUGAAAAACGCAGAUAUUACUCCUACACACAAGAAAGGACUGCGCACUGAAAAGGCGAACUAUAGACCUGUAAGCGUCCUAUCGAACAUCUCAAAAAUCUAUGAAAGAUGCAUGUAUGACCAAAUAUACACCUUCUUCGAGCCAUUAUUUUCGAAACUUCAAUUUGGUUUUCGCAAGGGGCACAGUUCACAACAAUGCCUCAUAAGUAUGAUUGAAAAAUGGAAAAACAGUCUUGACAAAGGUGGCACAUUUGGAGCGCUUUUAACUGAUUUGUCUAAGGCAUUUGACUGCAUACCACACGAGCUAUUACUAGCAAAACUUCAUGCAUAUGGCUUUGAUAUGAACUCUUUGCUGUUUAUAGAAUCGUACCUAAUUGACAGGAAACAGCGAACCACAAACUUUCUUUCGAGGAACAUGUUAAUCAGCUCUGUAACAAGGCAAGCCAGAAAGUUAGUGCGCUUGCAAGUGAGAUAUGGGAUCGAAACACUGUCUAAUGUUGGGUUAAAGCUUUGGAACUCUUUGCCUAACGAGUAUCGGAACGCAGUUUCCCUGUUGUCUUACUUUGCCAGUUGUGGAGCGGGAACUCAGUUAAACAUGUCUUGCGGUGCGACGGUUUUGAAAAUAAAGCGAACUUCUAACGAUGCAACACGCGUUGCGGUUUUCAUGAGAACGGAAUCCAGUGUCGAAAAUAACGCUUUCUACAGGACCGAUAUUUGUAGAUAUGGCUUUGCUUUUCGACCUUACCAGUUAUUGGCCUGGAAUUGUCAAUGGUAUGUGUCAAUAAUGACAUAA